UUGACUUUCCUCCCCCCGUGUUAAAGCGGAGACAGGCUGUCCUCCUCCGCCUCUCUCGGUCUCCCUGCUAGACUGAAGCUGUCCCGGACCUCAGACCGGAUGAUGCGGGUUUCGGUGCUCCGGCUGGCCGCAGCGCUGGCUCUGUUUGCCGCAGUGUGCGGCUCUCGGGCGGAGGUGAUCGAUGACAUCCUGAGCAGCCUCUCCCGCGGAGUGUCCUUCCUGGAGCGGCAGCAUGAGCACAUCAACCUGGACGGAGUGGUGGGGUUCGUCAUACUGCAGGCUGAGCUGAAGGAGGCGGUCCGGACGUGGCCUCACACCGACCCGGUCAGCUGGGCUCAGAGAACCACAGCUGUCGCUCUGGUCAGACGUCUCGACCAAAGUCUGGAGAAGGCUAACGCUGCACUGGAACAGGACGACCCAAAAUACUACAGAGAGUUCGAGCCCCUGUUGUCGUGGAGUUUCUGGCUGAUUCCUCAGGAAUGGUACACCACAGAUCCCAGCCUGGUUUAUCCCUCCACCAUGACCACUGAGUGUUACGACGAGCAGCUCAGUGACAAAUGUCUGACCCUGCUGCUGGGAACCUGGAAGAUGAACGGGACGCCAUGCAUCGUCACCAAGCCCUGCCGGGACACCAUGACUCGUUUUGGGUGUCCACACUACUCUCUGUCCCACCAGCUUCUCUACUUCAUGAUCGGAAAAAUGAAAGGCUGCACUAAUCUGCUGAAAGGUGACACACGAGCAUCCAGAGCAAACAUGACUGAACAGAACUACCAGAGGAUCUUCUGCUCCAACAUGAUGAAGACCAACCAGGACAUCAAAGACGGUCUGACCGAACAGAUGGUCGACAUCUUCAUCGAAAACAUCCUGAUUUGUGGAUUGUCUGGAUUCUCCGACUUCCACAAAGCCGACUGGCUGCAGCACAUUCUGAGGCUGCAGGACGAGGAGGUGGGCUGCUUUGGGAGAGACAAGAGCAUCAUCUCACAGAUCAUUGGAGACGAGCUGCUGGAACAGCUGCAGCCUCACAGGAGAGUGAAGAGGAGGGAGAAGAUACUUCCAGACGGCUGUUCCAGUCACAUGACGGCGGUGGCGGUCGGUGCUCUGGGAGGAUACCUGAACUACUACCUGACAGAACAGGACAUUACGAAGAGGCCGCUUUCCUGAGGGGCGUUCUCACGAGAAAAAAACACUUUAGAUCAUCAGGUAGAGACUUUCGUCAUCGGCGAAAUGAGGCAGACUCUCCACACCACAUGUCGCUUUAAGAACGUAGUGUUAACAUGAUGACAACGCCUAAUGCAAAGCUGGGAUGUGGAAGCUAAAGCUUUCUUUUCAGUCAUGUUGGAUUUUGUUACUAUAACAAUAAAGCUGAUUUUUUUUACCAUUAUUAUUAUCAAACCUAAACAAGAUGUUUGAAAGUAGUGAUGCUCCAACCGUAAAAAAGGAUAGCGUACUCGAUAAGUAGGACCGUGGUAAAAUGUAAAUGAGGGUUUUGGAGGAUGAAAUUUGGAUUAAUUAGACUUUUCGAGGUCAUCACGAGAUUUUUCCUGGCUCCAGGGGUUAAAGUGGGCCACAGUGAUCCUGAAAACACACCUCCAGUUAAUGAGUGAUUACAUCUGAUCGGCAGCAUUUAAUAUUAAGAGAGUUCAUUUUUAAUGCAGCUCAGCUUUGUUUCCAGCUGCUCCCACCUCAACCAAUCAGAAGGUGACACAUGGCUGCAUGCACACUCUGAGCCUUCAAGCCUUCCAUUCGUGUCAGAGUUCAUGCUCACAAUAAGACUGGAAUCUUAAUACUUUAGCAUUUAGCCAUCACUACAGGAGUCCACGGAAAGUGCUGUAUGAAAGUUACAGUGCUGAAGUCCCACACUGAGCUGUGAUGGUGACGAGGGCAGAGCUGGUCCCGAUGGUUUCAGCUUUGAGAACUGAAAAUGCACAGCUAAGAGUUUUUAUACAAAAAGGUGCUCUGAGUGAAUUUAAUCCAAUUCAGUUUUAUAUAUAUAAACUUAUGGGGCCAAAUCACAACAAAAGUCACCUUGAUGCGCUUUAUAUUGUAUGGUAAAGACCCAGGAAAUAUACCCACCCCCCACCAGCCAAAUCCCACUCUAACCCCUGUGCAUCAGCGACAUUGUGUCCACAAAACAGUGUUUUUUCUUUGAUGUAGCCUCUUUAGGAGAAAUUGUAGUUGCAAUGAGUGAACAAGAGAUCAGGUGGACCUGGAAGGGGGGGGGGGGUUACCUUUGUGUGAACACCACAGUGAGAAAAAACACAGAGGACACAGCAUGGUGUGGUCAGAGAUUCGAGGAUCUGUGAGGUUCGAUUCUGCAGGA